UUUACGUUUACGGAUUCAGUUUAUGCAUGAAUUUGAGUUACCGCGUUUACGGAUGGAUGAUCUUAAUAGCAGAACUACUGUCAGUGAAACUGCUACCACAGAAGCAAUAGCGUGUGAAGAGCCCUCUUUGUCAGAUGAGGACCAGCAAGAGAAAGCUGCACCAAAGCAGAGUCCCAGCCCCGACUCGUGUAUGGAGACCUGCUGCUGUCUCGGAGUCCCGCCAGGCUGGGUUAAAAUGGUGAAACAGAGGCGAUCUGGAAAAACGGCAGGGAAAGUAGACGUAUAUAUCAUCAGUCCACAGGGAGGGAAAUUCAGAUCAAGAGCUUCACUCCAUGUCUACCUUCAGAAUAACAAAGAACUCUGUCUCAAGGGUGCAGAUUUUGAUUUCUCUGUACCUGGGAAGGACAAACAGUUAACAAAACCUCAGAGGACAAAAAAGAAGAAAGCUCUCCAACUUUCAGAAACCGUCUUGGACAGCACAACUGACACUAAGAUUACAGCCGAAGAGGAACACUUGUCACCCAGCAGUGUGUCAGAAGAGCUGUCUGGACAUGAUGCUGCCACUGACGGGGUCUUUUCUGCGCCUUGUGCUGAGAAAUCCAAGUCUUCAGAAUCUGAAAGCACAAGUUGCAGAGCCAGGGCUAAACGUCGGCACUCUCUGACAAAGCUCACUCCCGCAGGACCACAGAGAGGACAGAAACAGAGGAAGGAUCCCAGCAGUAGGGUUAGAAAAGCCGGUGCUAAAAGAGCAGUGGGCAAACGGGGAAAUAAACUGACUCCGGGCAGUGAAAUGGAAGAAGGGCAAAGUCAACGCCACACUGGAGACCAAAAAGAGACUCAAGGGGGGCUUUUAAAAGACAAGCUUCUCAGACUGGCACAGGAAAGUGAGGUAAAUGACGUAAACGCACUGACUGUGAGCGGUGAAAGAGGAGAAAAUCAAAUUGCAAACCACACUGGAGAUCAAAAAGAGACUGAAAAGGGACUUUUAAAGGAUAAGCUUCUCAGACUGACCCAGAUAAGUGAAGCGGAUAAAGGAGCAGAGCUCGCACUUUCCCCAGAAGGUGAAAAUGAGUCGGGAGAAGUGGUGUGUGACCAGCCUGAGGCCUCUGCCCCAGGGAAAAGUGCCUUACAGCCUGUGUCUAAGAACGCUGCAGAGACACAGCAAGCUGUUGUCGGACCUGAAACUGAGUCUGCGCUAGAAGAUGGUGAUUCACUUCCUCCGGGGGACUCGGGGACAUUUACAUCAGUGAAACAGCAGCAAAGCAGUUGUGGCAUAAAAAUGCUGUCAGAGAAAAGAAAAACAAGCCAGUACUUCACUGGAAAAUUAGCCAGAGAAGCUCCAAGUCCACCCAGACGCAAGGCCUUUAAGAAAUGGACUCCGCCUCGCUCUCCUUUUGCCUUGGUACAGGAGACUCUUUUCCAUGAUCCCUGGAAGCUUCUGAUAGCCACCAUUUUCCUCAAUAGAACCAGCGGUAAGAUGGCAAUCCCUGUGCUGUGGGAGUUCUUUGGGCGUUACCCGUCUCCUGAGGUGGCCCGUGUCAGCGACUGGAAAGAAAUGGCUGAACUGCUGAAACCUCUGGGCCUCAAUGAACUCAGAGCCAAAACAAUUGUGAGGUUUUCAGAUGAAUACUUAACAAAACACUGGAAGUACCCCAUCGAGCUCCAUGGUAUAGGAAAGUAUGGCAACGACUCCUACAGGAUAUUCUGUGUCAAUGAAUGGAAACAGGUUGAUCCCCAAGAUCACAAGCUGAACUUGUAUCAUGCAUGGCUCCGGGAAAACCACGAGCACCUGGGUAUCUGAUUCCGAGACGAAGCUUGGAAUCUCGGAAAAGUGGUUCAGGGAGAAUAAUGUUGAAUUAUUGCUGUUGCAUUUUACCACUCUGUCAUUCAAAAAAUGUACUGGACUGCAACCAUGUGAUAAAACACAGGUCUUCACGUUUUUAGUUAUGUCA